AUGGCCGUACUUUUCAUGAAACUUAAAGACGUAGAAAGAGCACUGGCCGCCGGUCUACUUGUAGAUAAGGGCCCAGACGGUGAAGCGGGUGUACCAGGGACCGGGAAUAUGGCCCAGCGGGCAAGUGAGAACCCUGGUAGAUGGUCUGGAAGAGGACGGAUGCUCUGCUCUGCGGAGACUGAUGGUGGAUUCCAAACGUACCGGAACGAGGAGAAUGGCGAUCACUGUAAGGCUGAAGAGGGGGACAUUGGAUGCGGGUGGUCCCAGAGAAGGGCGGCAGAUCUUCCAGACGGGAAUUACGGCUGA